AUGCUGUGCUCAUCGUUGAGCUUCGGUAGAUCUCGGACACCGGCUCUACUCCAAACUCUCUGUGGCCGUCUACCGAAGUCGAGCUAUGCGAUCCCUCUGCGGAAACCUUGGGCCAGAGCCGCAUCGACAGUUACGAAUCUCGACAGCUUUCCUACUGUCGGCGAGAAGCUUCAUGGAUUUACGGUUCAAGAGAAGAAGCAUGUUCCGGAGCUACAUCUGACCGCGGUGCGACUCACCCAUGACAAGACCGACGCGGACUACCUGCAUGUGGCGAGAGACGACAAAAAUAAUGUGUUUGGGAUCGGAUUUAAGACCAAUCCGCCGGAUGCGACGGGUGUGCCUCAUAUUUUGGAGCACACCACCCUGUGCGGUAGUGAAAAGUACCCCAUUCGGGAUCCUUUCUUUAAGAUGCUCCCUCGCUCGCUUUCGAAUUUUAUGAAUGCCUUCACGGCUUCCGACCACACUACCUACCCGUUCGCUACUACCAACCAGCAAGACUUCCAAAACCUUCUUUCUGUCUACCUCGAUGCCACACUUCACCCUCUGCUUAAGAAGGAUGAUUUCCGCCAGGAAGGGUGGCGUCUAGGGCCCGAGGACCCGCGUGCCCUACAAGCGGUUCCGGGGCAGCCUGAGCCUAAGGCACAGCUGGGGGAUAUUGUUUUCAAGGGCGUCGUUUACAAUGAGAUGAAAGGACAGAUCUCGGAUGCAAACUAUCUGUAUUACAUUCGGUACAAGGAGAGCAUUUCUCCCUCGCUGAACAACUCUGGAGGAGAUCCUGAAUAUAUCACCGAUCUCACACACCAGCAACUCUCCGACUUUUCGAAACGCAACUAUCACCCGAGCAAUGCCAAAAUUCUCACUUAUGGUGACAUGCCGUUGAGUGGGCAUUUGAAGCAGGUUGGUGCUGUCUUGGAUGGAUUUGCAAAAGGCCAAGCCGACACCGAUGUGAAAAUGCCGGUGGAUCUGAGCCAUGGUCCUUUGAAUGUCACGGUACCGGGACCGAUUGAUACAUUUGCCAGCGAGGACAAGCAACACAAGACUUCGACCUCCUGGUAUAUGGGAGAUACAACCGAUAUCGUCGAGACAUUCUCCGUCGGAAUAAUUUCCUCGCUUUUCCUCGAUGGAUACGGUUCGCCCAUGUAUCGUGCUCUCAUCGAAAGUGGACUGGGCUCCUCGUUUACACCAAACACUGGUCUUGAUUCCACUGGCAAGACUCCAAUUUUCUCGGUUGGCGUCACGGGUGUCAGCGAAGCGGAGGCCCCUACCAUCAAGCAGGUUGUUCAAAAUGUCUUUCAGGAAUCUGUUUCAGCUGGAUUUAGCGACGAGAAAGUGCGAGGUUUCCUCCAUCAACUGGAACUGUCGCUGCGCCACAAGACGGCCAACUUCGGAAUUGGUGUGAUGGACAAGACCAUCUCGUCUUGGUUCAACGGAUCCGACCCGAUGAAAGAAUUGGCCUGGAACGACGUGAUCGAGGAAUUCAAGAGACGAUAUACUCAGCCUGGCUACUUGGAAUCCCUUGUCCAGAAAUAUCUCAUCAAUGACCAAUGCAUGUCUUUCACCAUGGUUGGCACUCCUACCUUCAACAAGGAAUUGGACGAAAAGGAAGUUGUGCGGAAAGACGCCAAGCUGGCUCAGCUUAUCGAACAGCACGGCUCGGUGGAGAAUGCAGUCACCAAGCUUGCUGAGGAGGAGUUGCAAUUGCUCAAGAUCCAAGAAGAUGCACACCAUGCAGACCUGGGAUGUCUCCCAUCUUUGCAUGUAAGGGACAUCUCGAGAGAAAAGGAACGCAAGCCUGUGCGUGAGUCCAAGGUCGAUGAUAUCGACGUCGUUUGGCGUGAGGCACCAACAAAUGGCUUGACUUAUUUCCAAGCGUUGAACACAUUCGAGGACCUGCCCGAUGAUCUUCGCUUGUUGAUGCCAUUGUUCAAUGACUGCGUGAUGCGACUGGGAAUGGCGAACAGAUCUAUGGAGCAGUGGGAAGACCUGAUCAAACUGAAGACUGGAGGAAUCUCAACGUCCUCUUUCCUUGUCUCGUCCCCAACUCAACUGGACAAGUUUAAGGAGGGCAUGCAGUUCUCUGGAUUCGCCUUGGACAAGAACAUCCCCGAGAUGCUGGAAAUGCUCUCGGCGUUGGUCAUGGAGACUGAUUUCACCAGCCCUUCCGCUCCGGCAAUGAUCCAAGAGCUUCUGCGGUUGACCACUAAUGGAGCCCUGGAUUCCGUUGCAGCAACCGGUCACCGAUUCGCUGUUAACGCAGCCGCAGCCGGUCUCUCACGCAGCUUCUGGGUUCAGGAACAGCAGUCCGGUCUGGAGCAAUUACAGGCGACUGCCAAUCUCCUUCGAGAUGCUGAAUCUUCUCCCGAGCGUCUCCAAGAGCUAAUUGAGAAGCUGCGCUUCAUUCAGUCAUUUGCGGUCUCGAAGUCUUCUAAAAUGCGUGUGCGGAUGGUCUGCGAGCCGGAGAGCGCUGCACGCAACGAGUCUGUCUUGCAGAAGUGGACUUCUGGCCUUCCUCACAUCCGAUCACCAACUGCCUCGCCUACAAACUCCUCAUUCCCAUCUGCCGGCAAGGCUUUCUACGACCUGCCUUACAAGGUCUACUACUCUGGCCAAGCUACUCAGACUGUGCCGUUCGUCGACCCUGCUAGUGCACCUCUCACUGUCCUUUCCCAGCUUCUCACGCACAAUUAUCUCCACCCUGAAAUUCGUGAAAAGGGAGGGGCGUAUGGUGCCGGUGCCAGCAACGGACCUAUUAAGGGAAUUUUCACUUUCAUGAGUUACCGGGAUCCCAACCCCAUCAACACGCUGAAAGUCUUCCAAAGCAGCGGGAUCUUCGCUCGCGACCGAGCAUGGUCUGAGCGGGAGAUUGAAGAAGCCAAGCUUGGCAUCUUCCAGGGCCUUGAUGCCCCGAUGAGCGUGGAUGAAGAGGGAUCCCGCUACUUCAUGAGCGGCGUGACUCACGAGAUGGACCAGCGCUGGAGAGAGCAGGUCUUGGAUGUCACGGCCAAGGACGUGAACCAGGUCGCAGAUCGAUUCCUGGUGAAUGCGUCGCGGAACACGACCUGUGUGUUGGGUGAGAAGAAAGACUGGGCUGGCGCGGACUGGAAUGUGCGCAAGCUCUCGAUGGAUGUGCAGAGCGACGCUGCUGCCGAUACCUAA